ACAGCUUCCGCAGGGCCGAGACCGUCGCGCGGCGGUCACGGCCCCUUUAAGCCCGCGCCCCGCCCCUGGCUCCCCAACCCCUUCUCUCCCCUCCCCCUCCAGCCCGCACCAGGUACCCCGGCGGGUCGUGUGGCUUCGCGCGCGGCGAGAGCCGGCGGUCACCAUGGCGAUGCGGGAGCUGGUGGAGGCGGAAUGCGGGGGUGCCAACCCGCUCAUGAAGCUGGCCGGGCACUUCACCCAGGACAAGGCCUUUCGGCAGGAGGGGUUGAGGCCUGGCCCCUGGCCCCCAGGAGCCCCAGCCUCGGAGGCGGUCUCUAAGCCUUUGGGGGUAGCCUCUGAAGAUGAGUUGGUGGCCGAAUUCCUCCAGGACCAGAAUGCACCACUUGUAUCCCGUGCCCCUCAGACCUUCAAGAUGGAUGACCUCCUGGCAGAGAUGCAGGAGAUUGAACAGUCAAACUUCCGCCAGGCACCCCAGAGAGCCCCUGGUGUGGCAGACUUGGCCUUGUCGGAGAACUGGGCCCAGGAGUUCCUUGCAGCUGGAGAUGCUGUGGAUGUAACUCAGGAUUACAGUGAGACUGACUGGUCCCAAGAGUUCAUCUCUGAAGUUACAGACCCUUUGUCCGUGUCCCCGGCCCGCUGGGCUGAGGAGUACCUGGAGCAGUCAGAGGAGAAGCUGUGGCUGGGAGAGCCAGAGGGGACGGCUGCCACCCGUCGCUGGUAUGACGAGUACCAGCCCGAGGAGGACCUGCAGCGCGCGGCCAGCGACUUCGUGGCCACGGUGGACGACCCAAAGCUGGCCGACUCUGAGUUCCUGAAAUUCGUGCGGCAGAUUGGCGAGGGGCAGGUGUCCCUGGAGCCCGGCGCAAGGUCGGGCCGAGCUCAGGCAGAGCAGUGGGCAGCGGAGUUUAUUCAGCAGCAGGGUGCUUCGGAGGCCUGGGUUGACCAGUUCACGAGACCAGUAAACACAUCUGCUCUCGAUGUGGAGUUUGAACGAGCCAAGUCAGCUAUAGAGUCUGAGGUUGAUUUCUGGGACAAGUUGCAGGCGGAGUUGGAGGAGAUGGCCAAACGGGAUGCCGAGGCCCACCCCUGGCUUUCUGACUAUGACGACCUCACGUCUGCCUCCUACGAUAAGGGGUACCACUUUGAGGAGGAGAACCCCCUGCGUGACCACCCCCAGCCUUUUGAGGAAGGGCUGCGGCGCCUCGAGGAGGGGGACCUGCCGAACGCCGUCCUGCUCUUCGAGGCAGCUGUGCAGCAGGACCCCAAGCACAUGGAAGCUUGGCAGUAUCUCGGGACCACCCAGGCAGAGAACGAGCAAGAACUCUUGGCCAUCAGCGCGCUGCGGAAGUGCCUAGAGCUAAAGCCAGACAACCGGACGGCGCUGAUGGCGCUGGCUGUAAGCUUCACCAACGAGUCCCUGCAGCGGCAGGCCUGCGAGACCCUGCGAGACUGGCUGCGCUACACGCCGGCCUACGCCCACCUGCUGGCCGCCGGGGAGGAAGGGGCCGGCGGGGCGGGGCUGGGCCCCAGCAAGCGUAUCCUGGGCUCUCUGCUGUCCGACUCCCUGUUUCUCGAAGUGAAGGAGCUCUUCCUGGCAGCUGUGCGCCUGGACCCUACAUCCAUCGACCCCGAUGUGCAGUGUGGCCUGGGGGUCCUCUUCAACCUGAGUGGGGAGUAUGACAAGGCGGUGGACUGUUUCACAGCCGCCCUCGGCGUUCGUCCCAAUGACUAUUUGCUGUGGAAUAAGCUGGGGGCCACCCUGGCCAAUGGAAACCAGAGUGAAGAAGCAGUAGCUGCGUACCGCCGGGCCCUCGAGCUCCAGCCUGGCUAUAUACGGUCCCGCUACAACCUGGGCAUCAGCUGCAUCAACCUUGGGGCCCACCGUGAGGCUGUGGAGCACUUUUUGGAGGCCCUGAACAUGCAGAGGAAGAGCCGGGGCCCUCGGGGCGAGGGGGGAGCCAUGUCGGAGAACAUCUGGGGCACCCUGCGUCUAGCCUUGUCCAUGUUGGGCCAGAGCAACGCGUACGGGGCGGCCGACGCCCGGGACCUGUCCACCCUCCUCGCGAUGUUCGGCCUGCCCCAGUGACAGUGGGGUGGGCUGCCCUGCGAGUGCUUGCCUGGAGGGGUGCCUGCUCUGGACGUGACCCCCUCUCCCCAAGAGGGCCUGCCAGGGGGGUGGGCUGGUGACCACAAGCGGCCCUGCCUCUCAGGAGCUGCCUCAGUGUAGGGCUGGCUAGUCUGGGUUCUAGUUCCUGCAUAAUUGUAGGGAAAUGAGCUGUGCUGUCGGAGUCCUUUGGUAAUUCAAGGGCUGUCCAUCCAGCUCCAGGUCUCUGCUCACCACGCCCUUUCUUGGUGCUGCUUUUUGGGAAGGACCUGAAGAUACAGGUUGUCAUCUGCUGCCGUUUCUGG